UUGUUUUUGACAACACGAGUAAGUGCUGUUGAAAAUAAAAACAAAUUUAACACAAUGGCCAAGUCAAUAAGAAGUAAAUGGAAGAGAAAAUGCAGAGCUAUAAAGAGGGAACGAUACGCGGUGAAAGAACUGGCCAGGCUCAAGAAGAUGCUGGGGAUCAAAGAGGAAGAGAAAGUUACUGAGAGUGAGGUUAUGGAAUCCGAUCAAGUUAUCUUCUUGGAUGCCGGAGAAAUAAACAAAAAGAAAAAUAAGAAGAAACAGGAAGAACCGCCGCCAGAAGAAGAAGAGGACGUCGCCAUGAGCUCAGAUGAUGAGAAAAUUGAAGUUUCCGGUGACGACGGCAAGAAAAGAGUGUUCAGCUCGAAAACACUCAAGGAUCAGAACGGACAAUACCCAGUGUGGCUUCACAAGAGAAAAAUAGCGAAACUGUGUACGAAUAAAGAGAAAAUUAAGAGGAAAGCUAAAAGACGGCGACAAAAUAAAAAGAAGUGA